AUGGAUCUUCUUCCGGGUCUUCCUAAUGAUAUUGCUCUUGAAUGUCUCAUUCGUCUUCCUCUCCAUCAAUUCUCUAAAGCUGCUUCUGUAUGCAAAAACUGGAAAAAAGAAAUCAAGCAUCCCCUCUUUCGACAACGACGGAAAGAAUCGGGUCUUACCCGACCCGUUAUCGUAUUAUCCCAAGCCAUGGUUACUACUAUUCGAGACCCUUAUGGCAUUACCAGCCUUUCAUCUACUCAGUACUAUAGACUCACCCUUUACGAUCCGGAAAGGGGAUUUUGGUACGAUUUGCCGCCGAUACCGGAGUUGAUUGAUGGAUUGCCCAUGUUUUGCCGGGUUGUAGGAGUCGGGUCGGAUGUAAUGGUGAUAGGCGGGUGUGACCCGGUUAAUUGGAGGGUUAUGGACUCUGUUUUCAUCUACAAUUUCGUAUCCGGUUCGUGGCGUCGUGGGGCGGAUAUGCCGGGAGGACAGAGGCUGUUUUUUGGAUGUGCGUCGGAUUCGGAGAGAUUUGUGGUUGUCGCCGGCGGACAUAACGACGAGAAGAAUGCGCUGAGAUCGGCUCUGUUGUAUGACGUGGCGGAAGACGAGUGGGUUACUCUGCCGGAAAUGGCCAUGGAGCGUGACGAGUGCAAGUGCGCAUUUUACCGCGGUGAAUUCCACGUCAUCGGAGGCUAUCCUACGCCUGCACAAGGUCAAUUCCAGCGCAGCGCUGAGGUGUUCAACUCCGCCACGUCAAGGGAGUGGCGCCUGGAGGAGGACUUCCUCGGUGCCGCCACGUGUCCCCAGACCUGCGUGGAAGGCGGCGACGGGAGACUCUACAUGUGCCGAGACGGUGACGUGGUCGUAAAGCUUGACGCCACGUGGAAGCACGUUGCGAGGCUUCCACGUGGAGUAUCCAACGGGGCGUAUGUUACUGCGUGGCAGGGGAAGUUGUUAGCCAUGGGAAAUUCAAUUUUAGGUGAAAUUCAGAAUAUUUAUGAACUUGUUGAUGUGAACAGUGAGAGUAAAGAGAAGACAUGGAGAAAAUUGAAUACUCCAAAUGAAUACCGUGGACAUGUUCAAUCACUUUGUUAUUUAGAUAUAUAA